AUGUUCCUGAUUGCGAAAAUCGUGCGAGGUCGACGACUUCUUCAUGAACUUGAACAACGAGAGAAGAACCAAGCUGCUGCGGCAGCUCUAGAAGCUGCACAGUCAAUCACCCAAGUUUCACGUCGAUUAGCUGCACGUCAUCAGCAUAUGAGUGGUGAUGUAGUUGAGAAUGCCGAUGAAGUAAAGACGAAUCAGAAGACAGAGCGUCGAAAAAAAGCAGCAGUCAGUUGUCGUUGGACGGUAUCUUUAGGAGUAUCUAGUUACAUUACUUGUUAUAGAAGAAAAAUUACGGAGUCUUCAGGACCGGUGGGCAGCACUUUGAAACACUACAAUUAUGACGAUAAAUUGAACAGACUGCAACGACGUGCUCUACGAUUCACAUGGCAUCGUCUUCAUACGAGAAACGGUGGAAAGCGAGUAGAAAACGUCUUCGAGGAGAAUUCUAAACGUGAAGAUACGGGAUCUCCUCUUGAUCCAAGGAUUAUAGGCCGAUCACAUGGUCUACUUCGCCCAUAUGGUCUUACUGGUCAGCAUUGGGAAAAGUUGGGAGAGAUAAUUAUCGAUGUUGUAUUAGCCCAGGAAGCUGUUCGAGAUCUGCCAGGAGCUGGACAGGCAUGGGUGAUCUUCACAGCAUGCCUAGUGGAUCAGUUGCGAGCUGGAUUUGAUGAAUGCCGUGGAGCAAAUCAGGGGCUCACCAAACGUGACGCUGUGCUCUACCAUGCUACAAAACAUCUAUAUGACUUGGUAAGUGUUAAGAUAAAAUUAACAUGUGAAUUCUAA